UAACUUAAAACCUGGUAUUUUGUAAAGAUGUUCUAUCCCAUCAAGUAGGAGACUCAUAAGAACAUAUUGCCAUCACUCAUUUAUUAUUCAGCACAACAUUUCCAUCGAUUUUGCAUUCCGAAAGUUUGGUGAUUGCAAACUGCUUCUUCUUUUUGAUCUUAGCACACUGCAACUCGAAAAAUUUCACCACUUAUUUUGAUUGACGGUUUAACAUACAAAAAAUCCGUUUUCACAUCCAUACACUAUUUCAUUACUUAUUUCACUUUUUAAUUUCAAUUUUUCUUCAUUAUUUCAAUCAAUUCAAUGAGUAUUUUGGAUAAUUACCAUAUUUUUAUUACCGGCACCGAACUCAAAAUCGAAUUAGUUUAUAUUUCUGUCACACACUCAGCUUGGCAAAGUAUAUGUACAUCCUGGUACGUCCGAUGUGAAAACAAUCAUUGAUCAUUGAUACCAGCGAUGCCAAAAUCUUUACGAUCAAUGUUGAACGUGAUAAUGAACGUACUUGAAGAAAAAAUGUAUCUAAAUUAGUUUUAAGCUACUAGAUAUACGUAAUUUAAUACAAACUUGCUAAUUUUUCAACACAUUUGUUUUCUGAUCAUUCAUUAUUUGAUAAAAAUUUACUUUGUUUCAAAUUACAUAAAAACACCCCAGCACACUGGCAACCCGGUCACUGGUAGUGUCUCGCCUCAAAGUGUAAACAAAAACAAAUAACAAGUUGUUUUUCAACAUGCCGCGACUCACGAAAAAGCGGAAGGCGGCGAUUUCCGCCUGGAUUUUUAGGAAGAAGCAAAUAAACAGUGAUUCUGAUCAAGUGCGUUCCGGUCCAUCAUCGGAGCCCCAAGACACCAACACAGGAUUGUGGGAUAUCGGUCACCCCGAAGCGAAAAUUGAAGAUGACUCGUCUGAAUGUAGUGCAUCGGAAAGCUUGGAUGGUCUAUUUUUCCCACCGGGAUCACUCGACGAAGAGAUACCAAGCGAGCCUUCUGAUAGUGUGGCCUUCGGCGAUAGUGUUGCGGAAGCCCGGUUGGUAGCGAUUGAGGACUUCUCACCACCCCCAAUCCCAUUACUGGAAGAAUGUGAUCUGAUCUGGUCAGAUUUUCCCGAAAACAUGGACCGACCCCCAGCUUAUGCAGGCAACAUCAUCAAUUCAACGCCACCUUCGCCGAUACUUUCUCAUAACAGUGAUCCCGUGCCAGUAGUCGUAUGUCCGUUCGAUUUUGGACCUCUUUGGCGGAUUUCCCCCGAAAGGAAAACAGAAAAUAUUGGUUCUCCGGCAUCGGUAGAUACUUCCAGUGCUGCAUCGAUGGCCAACCUCUGUUUUGUUCCGAUGUCAGGCGAGGAAGAUCGAAAUUGCAAUCGACAAACACUGUCGCCAUCAGCACCACCAACAGUGGAAUGUUUGCAAAGUAACCCGAUCGAAGAAAUACGUGUGAUUUCUACUGAAACCUCCCACCAGUCUAAAGACGACCAAUCUGAAGAUACCGCCGUGUCUCACUUCGCCCAUCACCGUUUGACACGAUCAAAAACAGUCAUCAUCGAUAUUCCCGGAAGGCCUCACGGAUUAUCCGCUACGUUGGAUUGCUACUGUAAGGCGUGCAUCAAGAAUGCUGCAGUAGAACCAAACCCGGAAGUAUUAGAAGAAAGGACAGCAAAAAGUGCUCAGCCUAGGGACGAUUCAACUGCGGCAAAGAUGACUGAAAUCUAUGCAAGUUUCGAGCUACCUAAGACUUCCAGAGUUGGAAAGGUGGGAAGGCCACAUAAAUCCCGUCAAUUAUCAAGGUACUGUAAGAAAUGGGGCAAAAUAGGUUUACUGGGUAUCGACAAUAGACACUGUAGGUCCAUAGACUCGCGGAGGUGCAAAAAAUCGAAAACCAACGAACUGUCUAUACGGUCUAGUCUAUACGGUUAGUAUAUUGCAUUUUCUUAUCAUCACUCAAAUUAUCGGGAGUGCAUAGUCGGAGAGUGAUGGAUUAUUCAUACUUUUUUGUUCCAUUUUCUCUCCUUGAAGGAUAUUAUAUUUAUAUUAAGAAACAUUAAAUUUACAUUUAAAAAGAAACAUAAGCACUGCAAGGUGAAUACAUCAAUUACAAAACAUAGGUUAUGUUCCAGUUAAAAUCUGACAAUCAACAGUAAACAAAGUAAAACAUAUCACGCACACAUUUUAUGAUCAAUGAUUGUUAUUGCACCAAUACAUCUACGAGCCGGAAAAAUUGAUUUAUUCCCCGAUUCAC